AUUACCUUCCUGUCCUUUGGGGCCGCUGUGACCCGGCCCGUCGUCGGUAUCCAGUGACGUACGGCCUUGACGUUUUCCGCAGCUCAGUAAACAGGACAUUGGUGAUCCGGUCUCAGGGUAAGAAGCAGAGAGAUAACCAAAGGAAAGCUUUGUCCUCUCGGACCAAGACAAGUGAAGGCCCCUGACAUACUGCCUCCAUCCUCUUCCCUUGACCCUCUCUCUGGCUCUGUGAUGCCUUCUGUCUGCUGUGGCUGUCAAUCACAGUACACCUACCACCACCUGCUCGCAUUUUUGCUCACCUUCUUCAGCUAUGUUCUUCUGCAUGCAUCCAGGAAGACCUUUAGCAACGUUAAGGUUAGCAUCUCGGCUCAGUGGACUCCCUCCGUCCAGAACGAGAGCCUCCCAGCCUUCUCACCCAGCCAGGUGUGGGAGGAGCAUCGGUUGUUUGCUGAUGAAGAGGAAGCCACGCUCUUUCUGGGAGCUCUGGACACCAUCUUCCUCUUCUCCUAUGCCAUCGGUCUGUACGUCAGUGGCGUGAUCGGCGACCGCAUGAACCUACGCUACGUCCUUUGCUUUGGCCUCUGCGGCUCGGCCACUGUGGAGUUUGUGUUUGGGACGUUAACUGAGUGGCUCCACCUAUAUAACGUGUACCUGUACUGCGGGCUGUGGGUCCUGAACGGCCUGCUGCAGUCCGCGGUGUGGCCAUGCGUGGUCGCUAUCAUGGGCAACUGGUUCGGGAAGUCCGGGCGAGGUUUUGUGUUCGGCCUGUGGAGUGCGUGUGCUUCGGCAGGGAACAUCUUGGGAGCCUUCCUUGCAUCCAGUGUCCUCAAGUAUGGAUACGAGUACGCCUUCUUGGUGACGUCUGUGGUGCAGUUUGCCGGUGGGGUUGUGGUGUUCUUCGGUCUUCUGACCUCCCCAAAAGAAGUUGGGCUAUGUCAGGAGUCAGAGGCAGGUUUUGGGCCUGCAGUAGAAAGUGAUUCUGAGAGCCAGCGGCCCCUGAUGAGUGAUGAAGAAGAGGAUGAAGGGUGCGAUGGAGGCUACUACUCUGUGGAACAGUCGGAGGGGCCGCAGGAAGAGCUUCCCCAGCCAAUCAGCUUCCUCCAGGCCUUCCUGCUCCCUGGCGUGCUGCCCUACUCCUUGGCCUAUGCCUGCCUGAAGCUGGUGAACUACUCCUUCUUCUUCUGGCUCCCUUUCUACCUCAGUAGUAACUACGGCUGGAAGGAGGCACAAGCCGACCGCCUGUCCAUCUGGUACGACGUGGGAGGCAUCGUCGGAGGCACAGUGCAGGGUCUUGUCUCAGACUUCCUAGGGAAGAGAGCUCCGGUGUUGGCUGUCAGUCUUCUGUUGGCCAUGGGAGCCCUGGUCGGCUACAGCCACUCCCCGGCUGACCAAGUGGUGAAUGCUGCGCUGCUCGCUCUGACCGGCUUCUUCAUCGGUGGUCCGUCCAACAUGAUCAGCUCGGCCAUCUCUGCUGACCUCGGCCGUCAGGAUGCCCUACGGGGGAGCCAGGAGGCACUGGCCACCGUGACCGGGAUCGUGGACGGUACCGGGAGCAUCGGCGCGGCCGGGGGGCAGUACCUCGUUUCCAUGAUCGAGAGCAGACUGGGAUGGAUGUAUGUCUUCUACUUCUUCAUCGUCAUGACAGGAGGCAGCAUCCUGUUCAUUGUGCCGCUGAUCUACAGGGAGACGCGAUCUAUGUGGAGAGAUAGGCAGGGUCUCCACCAGCAUCUCUGAGCAGUACACUGGCUGACCAAUGGCCUUACACCUCUAAGUCUGUUGAGUUUUUUUAGGGACUGUAGAUCCAGAAUGUGCUGUUGUGAAUAUUUUAAGUAAGUAGGGAAUGUAAAUAUUCAGUUAUUUUCAAAUUCUAUUGUUACCAUUUUUGAAAUUCGAUUUUUCUUGAUUGAUGUUGAAUGGCCUUUUGCUGUAACUCCUCGUUGUGGAGCUGACGGCGCCCUGAAUAUUGUACAUUGUAUUUAUGAGUUUGAUUUAAUCACAAUAACAUCCACAUGGCAUUAUUCACACGAGAUGUGUAUGUAUUUCAACUUUAUAUAUUUGCAUAGUAAAUUAAGAGUACGUAUCGUGAGGUUCCUCACUGAAAAAAUAUAAAUCACAGAACACACACAUAUCUGUGCCUUACCUGCAGAGAUCUUGGCACACACAGACAGAAAACUGGUGAUCUACUGGAUCAGCUGUAAAGGAUCUCUCAGAUGGACACAUUGCUGUAACUGCUUCAGAAGGGAAAAGGAUUACAGGGAAACUGUUUUUAUGUUCUGUGUAAAUGAUGUAGAAUGGAAAGGUGUGGCUGGUUAGACAUGAAUUGCAUCAGCCACUCAAGAGCACUUCUUCCCAGGUGGAGUAAUAUAGAAUGUUCUAGAGUUUCUAUCCAGGGUGAAAUGAUAUUCCAUUACAAACUGAUGACACACGUCCCCGUUAUGUGAUUGACCAUUUUUAUACUUCAUGUUUUUUUUUGGAAUAUAUGUCCAAGUUUAAUUGUGUAAAUAUUUUGAUUUUGCGUUUACAUUUGUUUACAGUUUUUUGAUACAAUUGCAGUUUAAAUAAAUGCGAUUCCUGUGCAGAAUUUAAGCAAAAUAAUGUCCUUUACAUUAUGGCAUAAAUGUAGACAAAGAUUAUAGUGGUGUGUUAACACGUAAAAUGGCCGUAGCACUGGGUACAUAACCCCAUAAAAACAUUCCAGGAUGCAGUACUUGGAAAGCUGAGUUUUGCACACCACUAGGGCGUGGACUAGAGAAAACAAUGCUUUCAAAAGGCUUUAUGGAGAACCCCUGGUUAAUUUACUCAUGAAGAGAUUUAAAGAACUUUGGGAAGGAGAAUGUACAUUGGCAUAGCAAAAUAUAUAUAUAUAAAAAAAGACUCCCAAAUCGUAUAUUUGUCCCAUAUACAGUAUAUGGAGGAAGCUAUUGAAACGUGGAGAUUGUAUUUAUUUGCCUACUUUGUUGACAGUUUAUGGCAAUGGGGGUUAGGUCUUGGGUCAGGAAGCAGCACAGUUUUGGGGAAAAAUGAACCAAUGCUGAAGAACAGUUAUUGUUAGACAGAGUCAGACAGCUCUGCCUAGUUAUUGUAGUUUUGGUUGUAAAGCAAACCAGACUAUUGUUGUCAUGUUUCAUAUUAGUGUGGUUGCAAAGCAAGCCAAAUUAUUGUUAUGUUUAUUUUCAUUAGUGUGGUUGCAAAGCAAGCCAUACUAAUGUUAUUCUGUUUCUAAAUUUGUACUAUUCUUCUGCAUAAUUGUGUGUAUUUAUCUCCUCUAGUUUUUUGAGGAGACCACCUAACCCCUAACAAAAAGGUUGGGCAUUUAUCAGUGCAUUGCGUGUCCUAUCUUUUAUACCAAACAUUCUAUCCUUUUUUUUUAAUAAAUCUAUUAUAAAGUG